GCGUGGCCGGAGCGAAGCAGCUUUUGCAGCCGGGCAGCAACAGCGCGCAGAGGGAGAGGGAGAGAGAAGGCAAAGCCGUCGCUGCCUAUCACGAGCCUUUCCCUCGCCACUGGUUGCCGCCUCCGCCGCGGACGCCUGCCUCAGCUCACCUCGCUUCGCCUGCCUUUCCUCCCUCCUUCCCGCCCCAGGCGUCAGUGCCACAGGACGGCCAGGGCCACUAAAGGUCUGGUGGACGGCAGCCGCAGAACCAGCACCUUCCUUCUAGCCAAGAGCGCGGCAGGCGUCCUGGGCUUGAGAGAGAGUCAUGACAGCUGAAAAGGCUAUCCCUGUAAUUAAUGGCAAACCCGAAGAUGCUCCGGAUCCUGAAGCCUCCAGCACCAAUUUGGUCCACAGCAACGAUAAGAAGGUGCACGAAAGAGGCCAUUGGAACAAUAAAAUUGAAUUUAUGCUAUCUGUGGCAGGGGAGAUUAUUGGGUUGGGGAACGUGUGGCGAUUCCCAUAUCUCUGCUACAAAAAUGGAGGAGGUGCCUUCCUUAUACCCUAUGUCAUUUUCUUCAUUUGCUGUGGAAUACCAGUGUUUUUCUUGGAAACUGCUUUGGGACAAUUUACUAGUGAAGGAGGAAUUACAUGCUGGAGAAAAGUUUGCCCACUGUUUGAAGGGAUUGGAUAUGCCACCCAGGUCAUUGAAGCACAUUUGAAUGUUUACUAUAUCAUCAUUUUAGCAUGGGCUAUUUUUUAUCUAUUUAACUGUUUCACAGUGGACCUUCCCUGGGCAACCUGUGGUCAUGAGUGGAAUACAGAACAUUGUGUGGAAUUUCAGAAACUUAAUAUGAGCAAUUGCACUCAACAAUAUUUGCAGAAUGCUACUUCUCCAGUCAUGGAAUUUUGGGAACGAAGAGUCUUGGCCAUAUCAGACGGUAUUGAACACAUUGGGAAUCUUCGCUGGGAACUGUCACUAUGUCUUCUGGCUGCCUGGACUAUCUGUUACUUUUGUAUUUGGAAAGGUACAAAGUCAACUGGCAAGGUUGUAUAUGUAACUGCUACAUUUCCAUACGUCAUGUUGUUGAUUCUACUGGUUCGAGGAGUAACAUUACCUGGGGCUACUGAAGGAAUAAAAUUCUACUUAUAUCCUGACCUAUCUCGUCUUUCUGACCCACAGGUCUGGGUAGAUGCUGGAACACAGAUAUUUUUCUCCUAUGCUAUCUGCCUGGGAUGCUUGACAGCCCUAGGAAGCUACAAUAACUACAAUAAUAACUGUUAUAGAGACUGCAUUAUGCUCUGUUGCCUGAACAGUGGUACAAGCUUUGUGGCUGGUUUUGCCAUCUUUUCUGUUCUUGGCUUUAUGGCUUUUGAACAGGGGGUUCCAAUAGCAGAAGUUGCAGAAUCAGGGCCUGGACUUGCUUUCAUUGCAUAUCCAAAGGCGGUAACAAUGAUGCCUCUUUCUCCAUUGUGGGCAACUUUGUUUUUCAUGAUGCUUAUAUUCCUUGGAUUAGAUAGUCAGUUUGUGUGUGUUGAGAGUCUUGUGACAGCAGUGGUGGAUAUGUACCCCAAGGUUUUCCGGAGGGGAUACAGAAGAGAAAUGUUGAUUCUAGCUCUUUCAAUUGUGUCUUACUUUCUUGGUUUAAUCAUGUUAACAGAGGGUGGAAUGUAUGUUUUCCAACUAUUUGAUUCUUAUGCUGCUAGUGGAAUGUGCCUUCUUUUUGUUGCUAUAUUUGAAUGUAUCUGCAUUGGCUGGUUUUAUGGAAGCAAUCGGUUUUACGACAACAUUGAAGAUAUGAUUGGAUACAGACCACUGGUAAUGUUUAAAUGGUGUUGGAUGUUCCUUACUCCUGGCAUUUGUGCAGGCAUCUUCAUAUUUUUCCUGGUGAAAUAUAAACCUUUGAAGUACAACAAUGUAUAUAUAUACCCGGACUGGGGUUAUGGUAUUGGAUGGAUGAUGGCUCUCUCCUCCAUGGUCUGCAUUCCUUUGGGGAUCUGUGUACAACUCUGGAAAACAGAAGGAACCAUCAUGGAGAGAUUCAGAAAACUGAUUGUAGCUAGCCCAGAUCUGAAAAUGAGAGGAAAGAUCAGAACUGGCUCAUACGUUGCUACAGCAAAUGACUACGAUGCCAAACUGAAAGGUGAUGGCAACAUUUCAGCCAUUACAGAAAAAGAGACACAUUUCUAAAUGAACUAUUAUUAUUAUUUUUGUAAAAAUGAAGACAUAAAUAAAUGAACGAAUCCUUCACUUAAUUAUAGAAAGCAGCUUGUUUUGCACAACUUUAUUAACAAGUUAAUUUUAAAGUGAACUUGUAUAAUUGUUUAAAAGUGAUUUUUAAGUAUUAUAUAAGUAACAAUUAUAUAUAAAUAUAUAUAAAUAUAUAUAAAAAUGAAAUAGAAUUCUUUGUUAGUGAUGACUUGUAAUAUUGUGAUUCUGGUGUUUUUAUAGCGCCUAGAAGGAUCUGUAUAAUCUGUGGUAAAAUGUUUACACUUUUUUAAGGCAUGUGUUGUAUAGUUACUACACCCUCUAAUUUGUAAGCAUGUCCAACCGUUUCAGCUUCUACUGUAUGUAUAUAAAGGGAAUCACAAUGUCAUUAUUUUAGUAUCUGUAAGGGUACUUUCUUCAGAUAUGUAGCUUUGUUUAACACCUAACUUCCUGAAUUGGGGCCUGAUCCAAUACCAUGGAUGUUGAUCUAAAUCUUUCUGUGGAGCACCAGAGUUGUUUACUGGAGCACUGAUAGCCUUCAGUCAUGCUUGUGUAUUGUAUAAGUAAAGAAAUGAUACAAGCCUACCUUGGCCAGGCCAAACAUUGACAUUUGGCAAGCCUGUUUUCAUGCUUUUCUGCUCAGCGCUUUGAAUCCAAUUUCUGCUUUGGACUUGUGUUGUUCUUGAAUAACACACUCCACAUCUCAUGGAGUCAUCUUGGAAGCUUUUGGAGUUUCAACGGCGGCCUCUUCAAUACAAUUUCCCAUUGCUAGAAUCUAUGCAUUGCCUUUUUCAAGUUAUAGAUGUGGUAAUGUAACCUGUCUUUAAAAUUAAAGAAACCUUUAGACCAGUCCUAUGCACAGAUAAAUUCCAUUGUGUUUAAAAGGCCUUCCUAUCUGGUAAACAUGAAGAGGAUCUGUUUUUCAUUGUCUUGAGAUGAUUCGCUGAUAUGGAUUGUCACAUAUAGAAUGUUGCUUUCAUACAGAUGCCCCAACUCAAGAACUAUUCUAUGAAUAUGAUUUCUAUUUGCUGCUAUUCACCAAUAGCUUUACACACAUUCAUGUGGUUUGAUAUGGUCUAAAGCAAUGUUUCUUAUUUGUUGUCCUUGUUAAUUUCCAUAUUUACUACUUAAUCCAUUCAAUUCUUAGACUUAUUUUUUAAUGUAUUGCUGGAAAAUUGGUUACAAUUUUCUAAUUAUGGAGGGGUUUUUCUGGGACAAAAUGUGAAGAUGAUAAAGAGCAAUGGCAUUGUGAUAACUUCUUGUGAUGUGCAGUAGGAAACAAUAAUGCUCAUUUUUGAAGUAUAUGCAGUAUUAUUCAAAAGUAAAGAAGAGAUGAGAUUUAUGUACACUUUUACACAAAAUUUUUAUUUGGUAUUCAAGGAAGCACAACAUUUUGUUUGCUUACUUUUUAAAAAAAUUAAA